UGUGAGAGAGUGGAGUGAAACAUGUAAGGGAGUGUUGAGAGGUCCUUUUAUUUUCUGUUUCUGACAUUCCUUACAGGUUUCAAUCAUGUCAAGCGGUGAUGACAGAAAACACCAAGUGGAUGAUUCCUUCAUGCUCAAAGCUAUGCAACAACAAUUUCAGAGGCUAGACAUCACGUUUGGUGAAAUUAAAGACAACAUGGAGAAGAACGAUGCAACCAUUGCCAAGUUAUACCAAAUACAGAAUGGAAGUCCAAAUUUGCAUAAUCACGAUCUUGAUGACAAUGAUGAAGACGCAUUCAACGAUGAUGCCCAGAACUCAAAUUUCAGCAUAGACAGAUUUAUGAGAAGUAGAUGGGGUCAAAAAUAUAGAUUUAACAAAGGAGACCAAAAUCUGGCAAGGUGGGGAGAUCGGCAAGAUCAUGACUUAGGCAGCAUCAAGAUGAAGAUUCCUCCGUUUCAAGGGAAAAAUGAUCCAUAUGUGUAUUUGGAGUGGGAAAAAAAGGUGGAAUUGGUGUUUGAUUACCAUAACUAUUCUGAGGAGAAAAAGGUGAAACUAGCAGCGGUGGAAUUUACUGAUUAUGCUGUGGUGUGGUGGGAUCAACUUGUGCUUAGUCGACGUAGAAAUCGAGAGCGUCCUGUUGACACUUGGAAAGAGAUGAAAGCUGUGAUGAGAAAACGAUUUGUUACUAGUCACUACUACCGUGAUCUCUAUCAACGAUUGCAGGGCCUUACUCAAGGGUCCAAAAGCAUUGAGGAUUAUCACAAAGAGAUGGAAAUUGCAAUGGUUAGGGUGAAUGUGGAAGAGGACAGAGAAGCAACUAUGGCACGGUUUCUGCAUGGUUUAAAUCGUGAUAUAGCUAAUGUGGUGGAACUGCAGCAUUAUGUGGAAUUAGAAGAUAUGGUGCAUAUGGCGAUGAAAGUAGAACAGCAACUCAAGCGUAAAGGAGCCACCACCAGAACUGGGCAAAUUUCAGGUUCCUCAUCUUCUUGGAAACUGAAUUGGAGCAAAAAGGAAGAAAAUUCUGUUUUUAAGCCUAAAACUGCAACAUCUAAGUCAAAAGAAGUUGGCAGCAAUGAGAAGAGUAAAACAGAUAAUACGCAAGGCAGAAACCGAGACAUCAAGUAUGCAGAAAUAGAAACAGAGGGUGAAUCUGAUGAUGACUCUAUGCCACCAGUGGAAGAUGUUGAUGAUGGCAUGGAAUAUGCUGUUGAUGGAGAACUGAUUGUCACCAGGCGUGCUCUGAAUGUGCAAGCCAAAGAAGAUGAUGAAGUACAACACGACAACAUAUUUCACACGAGGUGCCAUAUCAAAAAUAAGGUAUGUAGUGUGAUUAUUGAUGGUGGCAGUUAUACUAAUGUAGCUAGCACUGUUUUGGUUGAAAAGCUUAAUUUACCUAUGAAGAAGCAUCCAAGGCCAUAUAAGUUGCAAUGGUUAAAUGAUUGUGGAGAAAUUAAGGUAAAUAAGCAAGUUCUGGUUUCAUUCUCUAUCGGACGAUAUAAGGAUGAGGUACCAUGUGACGUGGUUCCCAUGCAUGCUGGACAUUUACUUUUGGGGAGACCAUGGCAAUAUGAUAGGAGAGUAACACAUGAUGGCUUCAAAAAUCGCUAUUCGUUCAUCAUGGAAGGAAAAACAAUUACUCUUGUGCUGUUGAGUCCAAGGCAGGUUUAUGAGGAUCAACUGAGACUGAAAAAAAAGAGUAAGCUGAGAAAAGAGAGUGAGCUUGAGGAUGCUUAUUUCAACACUAACGAACUUAAUGAUUCUUUGUCUAGUGCUAUUAAAUCUCUUUUGCAGGACUUCAAGGGUGUGUUUCCAGAUGACGUUCCUAAUGGUUUACCACCAAUAAGAGGAAUCGAGCAUCAAAUUGACUUCAUUCCUGUUCCAGUGCUACUUGUGCCUAAGAAGGAUGGGACUUGGCGUAUGUGCGUUGAUUGUCGCGCAGUCAACAAAAUCACUAUAAAGUAUCGUCACCCUAUUCCUAGAUUAGAUGACAUUCUGAUAUAUACUGAUGGAAUUGCAGUAGACGAAGAAAAGAUUAAGGCUAAAGAAUGGCCAACACCUAAGAAUAUUUCUGAGAUGUGGAGUUUUCAUGGUUUGGCGAGUUUCUACUGGAGAUUCAUCAAGGACUUCAGCACAAUUGCAGCUCCAUUGACUGAAAUUGUGAAAAAAAGUGUUGGAUUUAAGUGGGAAAGUGGACAAGAGAAUGCCUUCAAUUUGAUUAAGGAGAAUUUAAUUUCUGCACCAUUAUUUGCUUUACCUGAUUUUACUAAAACUUUUGAAAUUGAAUGUGAUGCAUCAGGUAUUGGCAUUGGCGUUGUUUUGAUGCAAGAGCGACGAAUUGAGCAAUAUGCAAAUCAGGCCAACAAAGGGUGCAAGAGAGUUGUGUUUGAACCUGGAGAUUGGGUUUGGGUGCAUAUGCGGAAGGAGCGAUUCCCUGCACAAAGGCAUUCUAACUUGCAAUCAAGAGGCGAUGGACCAUUUCAAGUGAUUGCAAGGAUAAACGACAAUGCAUACAAGUUGGAGCUUCCUGGUGAGUAUAAUGUUAGUGCUACUUUUAAUGUUUCUGAUCUUUCUCCUUUUGAUGUAGGUGAUGAUUUGAGGACAAAUCCUUUUGAGGAGAGAGGGAAUCAUGGGAAUCAAGAUGACAACAUAUCUACUACAUCAUGUGAUACAUUAUACACCCAAGGAGGUCCAGUCACGCGAGUUAGAGCUAAGAAGAUGCGUGAAGUUUUAAAUGGCCUUAUUGAGCAGAUCUGGGUUGAAAACAACAUACAACAAGCAAAUCAAAGCUUGGAUGAUUAUCAAGGCAUGGUAAACAUCAUUCAGGUUCAAGAGAAGCUUAGUUGAGGUCAUUUGCACGGAAUUACAGAGUUUGCGUCAAAAUCGCACAGUUCUGCCACAAUUUGUAGCAAACUGAUAUUUUGUGUUAUUUUAGGUUAUUUUUUAGUGAUUUUCACGUUUUUUGUAUUAUUUUUGGGCUGAACAUUCGCUUAUUUGAAGCCCAAUUCGUGGUUAUUAGGUUAGGACUUAGAGUGUUAAUUUCCUAUUCUGAUUAGGAUUUGUUUUCUUUAUUUAAAAGGCUUGUAACCCUAAUGGGGAGAGGCUAUUGAAUCUGAGAUUUUGAGAGACUUUUCUCUUUGGUUCAUUUCAGAACUUUACAGAACUUAUCAAGAUUAUUCUUGUGGCGUUCUAACCUGACUUAUCAUUCUCGUUUUUAAUCGUUCGAGGGUGUGACGUCAACCAACUUAUACCUCUGGUUCUUGUUGCGUCAUAGACAAUGGGUCAAGGUUUUUACCUUUGGUUCUUGUUGCGACAUCAACAAUGGGUCAAGGUCCUAUUAUAAACCUGAUUUAGCUUU